CGUGACAAUGAUGAGGCGGCCGUCUCUGAGGAAGAAGAAGAAGAAUGAUACACAACAAUAAUGAUACACAAGACGACCACAUUUACCAGGAGCUCUAUACCGUGGCUGGAGUCCGACCCUCCAAAAGCUGGCUGCAGAGCUACAAGACAUCCCAACGGCUACAGACUAUCUCCGCGGACAAUGUCCUCCAGUUCAUUCUCUACCAAGACUUACGGGAUGUGGUGCGAGAAGAUGCCAGGACCACCAACAAUAAUAAUACUGAUACUGCAUUGCAAUGGCGUCGCAUAGUGGCGUCCCAACAAACCAUAUCCAACAACAACAAUAAUCUCAAGGAUGCCUCCAUGGUCGCCAAGCUACCCCCAUCCUUUCGGCUAAUGGUACAAGUGGAAGAAGUCGCCAAUGUCGCGCAAUCCGCCGAACACAGACUAGGACAACAGCAGCAACAGCAACAACGCUGUCUCAAACUGUGUCUGUCCGAUGGGUAUCCAAACAAUAAUAAUAAUGAUCAUUUAUUGGCCAUGGAAGUGACGUCCAUUCCCAACUUAACCAGCACGACAAAGGCUGGUACUAAAAUGGUCCUUCAUGGACCCAUUGCCAUUCGAUGGGGUGUCAUGCUACUGCACGAGGGAAAUGCACUCGUCAUGGGGGGAUGGGUACAAGAUUUGGUCGAAAAACAAACGGAAGCAAUGCAAGAAGCCAAACGACAAGCUGGUGUGGGAGUGGAUGCCACCGUCAAGGCACUCAUUUGGAAUCCGGAAGCUGCUGCCGAAGAGGAUGAGGACGAAGGCGAAGGGGAGCAGGACAGUGGAGAUGUUGUGAGGGAACCACAGCAACCGCAUCCGGUACAACCGCCACCACAACAACCACCACAACAACCCUUCUUAAAUUCCAACAGUACAGCGCCAAAUCACAAUCUCAAUACCACAAACAGCAACAACCCACAGAAUACAGCAACAGCAGGCAACAACACGACUACUGCCAGACAACCCUUUGGUCCGAGUCAUGUGUCACCACCACCACCACCCAAUCGGGUACGUCCAUCACCUCCCAUACCAGUGCCAACUGUACCACAACAACAACAACAGCAACCACAACAGCAACAACAACCAUCUACGGGGACUUUCGUGACGGCCAGAGCAGUAGCAGCAGCAGCUCCCCAAAACGCACGUCAGCAACGACCAGGGAAUCCAUAUGCGCGACAAUCACGUAACUCCGCCACUACAGCGAGAGGGCCACAACACAAUCCUUACACUUCGCAGCAUGGAUCGCAACAAUCGGCGUCGUCCAACGUAGCGGCAAGAGCCAACACCACACGACAACAAACUCUACCCAGCAGUGGCGCCACGGCAACGACGUCAGUACCCGAUGUGGUCAUGGAGGAUGCCACAACACAAAGAACGCCAAUGGCAGCAUUGGGCAACAUGACACUGUCUGCUUCAUCUUCCUCUACUAGUGCACCUCCUGGAGCCACUGCCAAACUAUCCUACGUCGAACUUCGAGACUUGCUAGCAAGAGCUUGUCAAGACAAAACUGUGUAUCAACAAAACCAUGGAAAAGUAUUUGUCGUGUCGUCAUUGAGACAAUGCGAAAAUCAGCACUAUUUCAACAUUGACAAAAUACGAAAGCAAGACCGCAAACGAGAUAAGAAUGGAGACAAAAAGUACGGGUACGCAAUACAUGCCAGAUUCACAGGUCCAGCGGAGAGUCAGGGUACCAUUUCCUGUGCCAUCUCGAGCACCGUUUUGGAACCCUUCUUUGCCAUGCCUCCGGGUGAACUGCGCAGCCUGAGCCGUACUGACCGCCACAAAAGCCAGUCUCUGGUCAGCGAAGGUGGGAAGAAAGCCAAAGAGGUUUGCAUUCGGUUGGGCCAAUGGGAAGCUACACUCUAUCAUUCCCCCGAUGAUUUUUUCCAAUCCAAUUCAGCUCCUACUCUGGAGGGUGAUCGCCCCAUCUUGCAACUACUGAGUCGACGAGAUUGCUAGCUAGCAGAUGACGCAUGCAUUCUUUGCCUAAGCUUGCCCCCCGCCGGCUUUCGUAGAUAGCUUCCCUACUCUUUACCCCUUCUAUGCAUAUAUUCGAGGCACCGGUACUAGUACCUGGUACCAGUAUCACAGUGCUUCCUGACUACCAUCUGGAUAGGGCUGCCAGCUACGGCCCAUGAUGUAGAUGAAACAAAUAGUGUUACAUUACUGGCCAACCCACAGGUUAAUUGAAUAAAUAUAUUACCAUCUUUGGCCAAUCAGUGACCACUUCUGGCUAAUCGGCACUGAAUUCACCCAUUAAAUCUUGCCAAUUUGUUUCUUUUUGUGGCUUCUCUGAACAAAUCUGGGGCCAUCGAAAUACGAAUCGAAU